AAGACUACAUUAGAGGACAGAGCUAUUAUGUGAGGCAGGCUCUCUCUCGCUCUGUGUUAGGAGAGGGGUGAAAACGGUGAAAACGACACAAGGGGAGAGGUAACGUCGGGUGCGGUCCAGCGACCGCUACAAAUGUUUCGAGGUGUUCUCUGUUCUAUUCUAUUUUUUCAGAUAAGCCGUAACAGUGAUUAAAACAAGCAGAGAGUUUAAAUCUAGCAAGGUCAAUUGAUUUGCGAACCAUAACCUUUGUACAUAGCUCGUACAACUGUCCUCCUACCUCCUAUUCUCCUCUUCGGCUUGCCCCACCAAGAUACAUGUUCGACAGAGGCACACUCACUCAGCUAUCGCUCCUCUCACUUUAAUGUUGUCUUCAAGUCCUCUCACGGGACGCGCAGUCUAUCUAUAUAUGUCUAUGGUUAUACCAGUUUUCAGUUUACCCAGUGUGCAUCGUUUCUUUUGGUAUUGAAGAGAGUUGCGAUUUUUAUGCGAUUUCGUAGAUAUUGGUGUUUUCACGGUGGGUUCUGGUGAUUUCACGGUGAGCGAAAAGUUUAAUUUGCAGGUGAAAAUAGAGAUAGAUUGAUAAUAUUCAUUGUCAUCGCCGUGGAGAACGACGACGCGUACGAUACGACCGUGGGAAAACUCAAAAAUGUUCCCACGCUCCUGCUGUACAAGUGUGCGUGGCACGUGCGUGUGAAAUUCCACAGUGAGAGCUGUGUGGAAGAAUAAGAGUGUGGGAGGUAGCGAGGGUUGGUAGUGGUGGAGAGGAUGAGUGCCCAGGGGCAGGAGCACGGGCACGCGGUGGUCGUAUGGGAGUGGGAGAACCGUCACGGACGGUGGCGACCGUACAGUCCAGCUGUAUCGCAACUUCUUGAGCGGGCCCAUUGCAAGAAGCUCACUCGUGUCUUCCUUCACGAUGCGGAUCCUACGCUUGACAGGAACCGAUGUUGUUAUAUUAGAUAUUAUAUAAAUCUGAAAACUAAGACACAAUGCAGCGAUGAUGGCGAUGAGACAUACAAUGUAAGGAGAAAGUUUUAUCUGCCUGGCUCACCAGCCGGCAAAGGUGCCAAAUGGGAAUGGGCAGGUGAUUCGGAUGACUGGCAUACUUAUGACAUGGAAGUGCAAUGUCUCAUAGAAGAAGCAUGGGCAAGAGGUGAUAAAACUAUUGAUGUCUCCAAGACUUAUCUAGGUUUCCCCUAUAUCAUUAACUUCUGCAAUCUGACCCAAGUGAGAUGUUGCACCGGCUAUGUAAGGCCUAUAAAGCGUAUACAGCAAGCACCCUAUCCUCUAGUCAAAGUUGCUCUGGAGGAACUGCAAGUCACUUCUGGUAGCAGGAGAUCUACGUCAAUUAAAAAUUCAACUGUUAAAGUCACACAUAAAAAGUCGUCCAACGGAAGUACAAAGAAAGGUAGCAAGAAGGGUAAAAGUGGAGAGAAUAGUCCGACGAAUAUUGCACGUGUUAUCUUGAGCAAUUUCAAUAUCUUUGGCAGUAAACAUGGCAUUGAGACCAACAAUCCAGUGGCAAACAUGGAAUCUGGUCAGAAAAGAAAAACCUGGGAUACAGUUUUAGAUAUGGAUUCUAGUAGCACCAAAAGUGGCCGCAGGCCGAGUGUAGAUACUGUGUCGACGUAUCUGAGUCAUGAGAAUCCAGUGGAUUUGUUGGACAGUAGUGUCGGAAGCGACGACGCAUUCAAAGAUUCUGCCCUCGGUGUGGAUGUUACAUCGGACGUGAUAUCUCAGUAUGUAAAAGUGGUCGAGAGCGACGGCUCUGAUUCAUGUCCAGUAUGCUUGGGUGCUCCUGAGCCACUGACGGUGGAGCUGACACGAUGUAGGCACAGACUACAUUUGGCGUGCUUGAACGCGAUGCUCAACUGUCAGCAACCUCCCAUGUAUAUACAGUGUCCAGUCUGUCGUAUGAUCUACGGCGAAAAGCGAGGCAAUCAACCACCAGGAACGAUGAACUGGACGCGAAUACCGCGCGCACUGCCGGGUUUUUCAAACACCAAUACUAUACAAAUUACUUAUGACAUUCCGUCCGGGAUUCAGACUAACGAGCAUCCUAAUCCUGGCCAAGCUUACUAUGCCGUGGGCUUUCCUCGAGUGUGUUACCUGCCGGAUAAUAGUCUCGGUCGCCGAGUGUUGAGAUUAUUGCAAAUCGCAUUUGAACGUAGACUAAUUUUCACGAUCGGCCGAUCGGUGACUACUGGCCGCGAAGACGUCGUCACCUGGAAUGAGAUCCAUCAUAAGACUGAGCUAGGUCCGUCUACGUCCGGCCAUGGUUACCCCGACAUGAGUUACCUCGAAAGAACACUCGCGGAAUUGGCAGCGCAGGGUGUAACCGAUGGACAAUCACCGUCGACGUAUCAAUAAUUACAUUAAUCACUUUUUCUUUUCACUUUGCAUUAUUCUUGGGAUUUACAUAUAACUAGCGAUAUUACGCGAAAAUGAACUGAACAAAUGGAUAACAGUUAAAAAAAAAUUGCCGUUUUAAUUUUGCUCAACUCGAUUUUACGUAAUAUCGUAACACAACUGUUCAUUUUAAACUUUUCACAUUAAGGAUUUUAUUAGCAUAAACCUAAACCGGAUAAGAAUAAAAAGACAGUACGCAUAUAAACGAAUUAGAGAUGUAUAUUUUGACACGAUUAUUCCGUGCUAUGCAAGGAACUGAUAGAUAUAUUUCUUCUAGAGCAGAGUCUUAGAGUUUUAUAUAUACAUAUAAUUUUUUUAAGCUAGAGCAAAUAUAUCGCGCCUAAAUUCGCAGAAGCAAUCGUCAGGCAAAAGUGUUAUAAAUUUGUAUUCUAUAAAAUAUUGAUUUACACACUAAAGAAUAUAUAUAGAAAAGAAAAAUUCAUCUUCCAUGAAACAUAUCCUAAAGAGAAAAUAUAAUGAAAUUAUAAGUCACGGGAACAAGUUAUAGAAACUAUUAAUUCUUGAAAAAAUAAAAAGUUUAUUGUUAUUAUUCCAAAUUCUACGUUCAAAAUUGAAUUAUAAGUUAUAUUAAUUGUAGUGUGAAAUAUAUUUAACAUAUUGGUAA